AUGUAUCGAUUCGGUUAUAUGGGAUCCAUACAGUUCGGCCGAGCGCCACCGGCAGAGUCGCCCUUCAAGGCUCUGGCCUUCCUGAAAGAAGACUUCCACGCGCUCGAGACCACCCAAACCCAGACCGAACGCAAGGACCGCGAGGAGGCACUGGACAGGGAAAGGAUGCGGCUGUGGCAGGAGCUGCUCAAGCGAGAAGAGGAGUUCCUGGCACGCGAAGCUGACGUGAUGAGGCGGGAGGGGGAGUUGCUGGAGAUGGAGAGGGAGCUUGUGAGGAGGGAAGGCCAUGGGGAUGACGAUGUCGAGAAAGGUGUGGGUGGGCGGGAUGGAGGGAAGGGCCGUGGCUCUUGUUUCGCUGUUACUGUCGAAGAUGUGGACGAGGAUGAGGAGGGGGAGAUGGGUGGGAAGGAGAUGGGGGGCUGUGGCGAGGAUGGGGACGGCCUGGAGAGCGUGGUCUUGGUGCCGAUUGAGUGA